AUAAAUUAAAUAAAUAAAGGCUCUUUAAAUGUGUUAAGAAAAGAAAACAUUUUUAAUUGACAAUGAUCGAAGGAUUUAUUCCCGAAUAUUUCGAUUGGAUUAAAUGUACAUUCAGUAGAAUUGAAAUUUGACUAAUUUAUAUAAACGGUAUAUUAAUAAAAGUAAUUACAAUCGAAUACGUAAAAUAUAUUUCAAACACUUAAGGAUUUUCAUAUUAGCAAUGCAUCAUUCUCAAUGUUCUUUAACUUCUAACUGAAUUACGAUUGUUGUAAUAUAAUCUUUAAAAAAACCAAUAUUUAUUUAACAAUCAUGAUGUUUAAAGCAAAAAUCUUGUUAAUUGGAAUCAUACUCACUUUGGUAAUCACUCUAUUAUUAUCACUGUUAUAUGUGCGAGAAUUUGAGAAUGGCGGAAAUAUACGGUUAAAAGAACAGGCUUCUUCUGUGUUUAAGGGUAAUAAACUUGGUAUCAUAAUACCAUUUAAAGAUAGGUUUGAUGAGCUCUUAGAGUUUGUGCCACAUAUCCAUUCGUUCCUGAAAAAUCAAGAUGUACUCCAUGAAAUAUUUGUUAUCAACCAAGUUGAUCAGUACCGUUUUAACAGAGGUUCAUUGAUUAAUGCUGGGUUUAAAGAAAUAAUGUCCUCAUAUAGUAUGAUUGAUUAUAUAGCUAUGCAUGAUGUUGAUUUAUUACCUCUUAAUCCUGCACUUGAUUAUCAUUAUCCACCAACUGGUCAUGUUAACCACAUUGCUGCACCUCAUUUACAUCCACGAUACCAUUAUGCUUCAUUUGUGGGUGGUAUUCUACUUAUUACCAAAGAAGACUUUAUACAAAUUGAUGGCUUAAGUAACAAUUAUUGGGGUUGGGGUCUUGAAGAUGAUGAAUUCUAUUUACGUCUUAAAGAAGCCAAGAUAGGUAUUCAUAGGCCAGGGAAUUUAACAACAGGCAUAUCAAAUACAUUCAGACAUAAUCAUGAUCGAACUGUUAGAAAACGUGAUAUGACAAAAUGCUAUAACCAGCGUGAAGUAACAAGAAAACGUGAUAGACACACUGGAUUACAUAAUGUUAAUUAUUUUGUAAAAAAACAACAUGAAUUGCUCAUAGAUGGUGUACAUACAGUAGUGUUGGAUAUAGAAUUAAAGUGUAAUAAGACUUUAACUCCUUGGUGCUUAUGUUCAGAGUAUGGUAUAAAAAAUACUAAAAAUCUAAAAAAAGGCAAGUGAAUAUUUAAGGUACAAUGAUUUAGGUGAGUUUAAGAUUAAAUUUUACAGCUAUGAAUUAUAUUAUAAUGUUAAUAUUGCUCAGAUAGUACAAAUUUAAAUUUUAUUACUUUAAUACCAAACUUCACAAAUUUAUCAUGAAAACUUUAACAUUUAUAAUUUUAAAAAACAACAUCAAAUCUGAAUUAUGAAUAAACUUGCAUAUGAAAACAAAUAUAUUAUAUAGGACAAAUUUAAAUAAAGAAACCCGUGAAAUUGCCUACUAUAUUUGUUAUCUAAUUGAUAAAUUUUAAUAUUUUUAGCUUCCUUUAACUCGACACAUUUAGUAUGCACUGAUAUUUAUUACUUUUUAAUAUAUGAGGCAAUGUGUCCAACUAGAUAUUCCAGUUCCUGGACAGAAAAUAAUGAGUGUAUCAAGUUCCCUUGUAUAUAUUUACUAUACACUUUAACAAUUAACUUUUGAUGCAGUAAUUGUGUUUAAAUUAAAUAUUAGUAAAUAAAUAUACAUAAAUAUAAAAUUGACAUUACUAAUUGUUAAGAAUAAACUCUAGUACAAUGACGGAUUUAAUGUCACAGAAUAAUCAAUCUGGAACAUCGAGGGUAUAUCCAGAAUUUUUUUUUGAAGGGGGUCUUAAAACUGUAUAAUGUAUAUUGUAUAUUUACUGAAUUCAAGUUUUGACA